AUGACACGUCUUAUUUGUCGACGUGUACAACGUGAAUAUUGCAUUUUACAAGGUGAUGGUGGUGAUAAUGUUUCCAAUGUCGAAAUAACUCGUCCUACUGCUUUACUAGGUUGUGUCGGAGCUAAUUUAGUUAUUCGAGCUGGAUUGACAGAAGUGGCUAAUCACUACAACAUGAAAUUUUUGUCUCCCCCACCACAUUUAUGCACAGACAAUGGAGUUAUGAUAGCCUGGAAUGGAUACUUGUUACAGAAAGAAAAGUCUCCUCGCAUUACGGAAAAUAUUUCUUCAGUAGAUUUUACACCAAGGUCUACAUUCGGCCUUGAUUUUCGGGAGUCAGUGAAGCAAGCAAAUAUAUCGACUGAACCAAUCAAAUUGCCAGAUUCUGUUUUCCAGUCAUAA